UAAAGAAUUAAUAAAUAUGAAAACUCAGAAAAAUGGGCAGGUAUUAGACUCGAUUUUAUUCAUCAAAAGAUCCAAGAACCCUCACAAAUUUGCCCAGAAUAUCUUAAAGCUAAAUAAGAAGAAAUAUUUCUUGAAGAAGGUUAACCUUAGAUCCUGAAAUAAGGUGGUAAAGAGAUGACGCCUAAAGCCAAGAAACUUCUUUAAAGAGAAUAAGGGUACUGCAAUAUUAGUAAAGAUGAACUAAAGCCAAGAGUCCUAGCCCACAGCUUAGACAGUCUACUGAGAUUGAAGAAUUAAACAGGCUUAAUACAAGCUUCCAUAAAAGAAGAGUAAUGAGCCCUCCUGCUGUGAGGGCUAUGACCAGUAUUGACCAAAAUAAAUCAUACUACUUCGAAACUGAGAUGCAAGAUAACAAAUCAAUAUUUAAAUUCUUCAAAAAGCCUACAUCUAAAAAUACAAGUGUGCCUGCCUCUACUCCUUCAGUAAGCAACGAGGUCCAGGACAUAAAGAUCAAUUCUCCUAAGGUCAGAAGAAUGGAUAUGGAUCUGACAUCUCAACUGCGAAGUUGAGGGGACCCUCGCUUGGCCAUGAUGAAGAACUAUACAAAGAAUUUUAUACCUAAUAUUGUUGGUGAUAGUGUUUCUACAAUUAAGAGAAAUAAACAUGAGAUAAUCCAGCUCAAGAAUAGGAACUCAAAAUCUACCAUCAGAGAGCAUUUCAGCUCUGGAAACUUUUCCUCUAAUUUCAAGAGGAUCAGAGACAACUUCCAACUCAGAGGCAACAGAAGAAUACUCGAUGUAGAGUCUUCUAUCUCGGUUAACCCUGUCCAAAGUUGAACUAGCGAAGGUAAUGAAGAGAUCCUUGUAAAACAUCUUUUGUCUCCAAAUGGAAAUAAAGAUCUUUUGGAGGACCUGAGACCUGAGUUGGCAAAUAACUUCUUACCCAUGAGAGUCAAUAGUAAGGCUCACAGAUACUCUACUAUCCUCUAGAGCAUGACGAUUAGCAGGAUAUCCCAAAU